UUUGAGCAGUCCCCUAGAGGACGCAGGCUGCGGGCCCCGGGCCCCAACAGCCCAGGCAGGGCAGUGUUAAAGCUCCCCUCCGCGCAGCACCACGCGGUGCACGGCCCGGCCCGGCCCGGCCCCUCCCCUCCCCUCUUUAAUUUUUUUCUUCUGGUGUCUCUGCGGAGCUGGCUGGAGCCCGCAAAAGAAGAAGGGAUCCCGAGCUGCGCUUUGGCCUGGCCUCCGGCCCGGACGCUGCUGGCAGAUACAACAAUGAGAGCCCUUCCUUGUUGGAUCUGCUUGUCCAGUCUCCUGACCAUCUCUCUGCUAUGUGUAUCAGCUGAGAACCAAUGUAAGAUUAAAAAUGAAGUGGCUGACUGCAGUCAUCUAAAACUGACUGAAAUUCCUUCAGACCUCCCUAUUAAUAUAACAGGUUUCGACAUUUCUCACAACCAGCUAAAAAAGCUACCACCUGCAAAUCUUACAAAGUACAGCAAGCUGAUUUACUUGGAUGCCGGAUACAACAGCAUAUCCAAACUACAGCUAGGACUGUGCCAAAGUCUGCCUCUGUUAACAGUUCUAAACUUGAAACACAAUCAGUUGCAUGAGCUCUCUGAUGGGGUGUUUGAUUCCUGCACCAAUCUGACUGAGCUCAAUCUGGGGUUUAACAUAAUAGAAAUCAAAGGCAAUCUUUUCAACCCCCUAAAGAAUUUGAACAUUUUGGAUGUCUCUCAUAAUCAUUUGAAGUCUGCAAAAUUAGGAUCACAGCAGCAGUUGGAGAACCUUCAUGAGCUUGUGCUCUCUGAGAAUAAAAUAACUGAGUUAAAAAAAGAAGAUCUAGAGUUUCUUAGUAACACAUCCUUGAAAAGACUGGAUUUAUCAUCAAACCCACUGUCAGAGAUUCACACAGGCUGUUUACGUGUGAUUGGCAAUCUGUAUGGCCUUGUACUGAACAAUAUUGAUCUUCGUGAAAAUCGCACAGAGAAACUUUGUUCUGAAUUAUCCAAUACAAAAAUUCAGAAUCUCUCACUGAGCCAGGUUAAUCUUUUACGUAUUGACAAUUCAACCUUCUAUGGAUUGGAAAAAACAAAUCUCUCAGUUUUAAACCUUUCAAAAAAUUCUUUAUCUGUGAUAAAAAAUGGCUCUUUUAUAUGGCUUGCAAAUUUGGAGGAGUUAAGCCUGGAGUAUAAUAAGAUCUCUCAUUUAUACUCCCACUCUCUUUAUGGAUUGUCCAAAGUCAAAUAUUUGAAUCUGAAAAAUGCACUUACCAAAAUAAUUGAUGAUUUCUCCUUUUAUUCGCUAACCCAGCUGGAGUAUCUUAAUAUGGAUGGUAAUACUUUUCCAGAAAUUACAGCUCAUCUUUUCACAGGAUUGGACAACCUGAAAUAUUUGAGUCUAUGCAACUGUGACACAGAUUUACACAGAGUAACUAAUAAAACUUUUUCAUCACUCGCUAAUUCUACUUUGCAGUUUCUCAACCUCACUAAAGAUAGAAUCUAUGCAAUAGAGAGUGGAGCAUUUUCCUGGCUGGGACAUCUGAAAAGUCUUGAUUUAGGCCUCAAUGAAAUUACCCAGGUGCUCACAGGUCAUGAGUUUCAGGGACUCAAUAAUAUCCAGGAUAUCUAUCUGUCCUAUAACAAGCAGUUGACUCUGACAAGUGAUUCAUUUACAUUUGUUCCAAGCCUUAGAAAACUGAUGCUGAGAAAGGUAGCUUGCAGCAGUCUGGACCUCUCUCCUUCACCUUUUCAUCCUCUGCAAAAUCUCACUAUCCUGGAUAUCAGCAAUAAUAAUCUAGCUAACAUAAGAGUUGAUUUGUUUGAUGGACUUCAUGAACUUGAAAUUCUAGAUUUGCAGCAUAAUAAUUUGGCUCGACUUUGGAAACAUGCUAACCCAGAUGGCCCUGUCUUUUUUUUAAGAGAUCUCUUUAACCUCCGUGUCCUUAAUUUAAAGUCUAAUGGUUUUGAUGAAAUUCCAGUACAAGUGUUCAAAGGUUUGAUUCACCUAAGAAGCCUAGAUUUGGGAUCUAAUAAUUUGAAUUUGCUUCCAGCAACUUUAUUUGAUGACCAAGUAUCUAUGAAUUCAUUAAUUCUUCAGAAAAACUUGAUAACAUCUGUUGAAGACAAAGUGUUUGGGACAGUUUUCAAGAACCUGAAAGAAUUACAAUUGGAUUCCAAUCCUUUUGACUGCACCUGUGAAAGUAUUUCCUGGUUUGUUAGCUGGCUUAAUGUGACCCAAGCAUACAUACCUGGAUUAGACUCCCAUUACCUUUGUAACACCCCACCUCACUAUCAUGGUACUCUGGUGAUGCAUUUUGAUAUCUCACCCUGCAAAGAUAGUGCCCCCUUUAAACUACUGUACAUAAUCAGUACAACUGUUGUAUUGCUUCUCAUCAUUAUUGCUACUCUCAUACAGUUUGAAGGGUGGAGGAUAGCAUUUUACUGGAAUGUUUCAGUAAAUCGAGUACUUGGUUUUAAUGAAAUAGAUAGACAACCAGAAGAGUUUGAUUAUGAUGCCUACAUUAUUCAUGCUAGAGAGAACAAAAAUUGGGUGUUAAAGAAUUUUAUCUCUCUGGAAAAAAAUCCACAGUUUCAAAUUAGGUUUUGUUUAGAGGAACGAGAUUUUGAAGCAGGAAUAUCUGAAUUUGAAGCCACAAUGAAUAGUAUAAAAAAGAGCAGGAAGAUUAUUUUUGUUGUGACAGAACAUCUCUUAAAAGAUCCCUGGUGCAAAAAGUUCAAAGUGUAUCAUGCUCUACAACAAGCUAUUGAACAAAGUCGAGAUUCCAUCAUUUUGAUCUUCCUUCAUGAUAUUCCAGAUUACAAAAUGAAUCAAGCACUUUGCUUGCGAAGAGGAAUGUUCAGAUCUCACUGCAUCUUGGAUUGGCCAGCUCAGAAAGAACGGGUUAAUGCAUUUCAUCAGAAAUUGAGACUGGCACUUAAAUCUAGUAGCAAAGUGCUCUGAAUUUUUAAAGUACAGUUUUGAACUGUUAAGUACUUUAUUUUCAUAUUGUGGGAUUAAACAAAACCUAACGCUACUUGAGAAAAAAAUUAAACCAACUACCCAAUUACAAAAUGGAUAUAGUAGAAAGAGAAUUAUCCUAUUGCAAAUAAGAUAUAGUAGGAAGAGAGAGUGUCAUGAUGGUUAAUGAGAAUGAUUUGACAUGGGAAAGCUUCUUUGUUCCGUGAUUCCAAAAGGGCCGAGAAGGUCUACAUUAGCGAAGAAAUGAUAAAAGACAUAUACAAGAGUUAAUGUUAUAUAGAAAAGGUAUACUGGGUGCUACUACUCACUUUCACAAUACAAGAACAUGGGCAUAUCAGUGAAAUUCAAGGCACUUUCAAAAGCUUCUAAACCUUAGUAUUCAGAUGAAGCCAAACUCUGAUAGGAGUCUGGGCAAAUUGUUCCAUAAUUGCAUUGUGAAUGAAGACAUGGCCUUUGAAUGAUCUGGUACCACUUUCAGGAACAGGAUGCUGGGCUAACCAGAUGAACAGUGUGAUCGAGUCUGGAAAAUCCACUAGAUGUUAAGAGUGGGUGUCAUUCUUUCCUAGUAAGCUUAGAGAGUAAGCAUAAGACCCUAGAUGCUAUGAACAUCUUUAUUAAUUCUUUAAAUGGGAUGAAUUUCACCUUUAAGUGGAAUGGAGGAAAUAUAAAAUCUCAUUCCUGUUUCCUAGCUUUAAUGGUCUUCUACCCAGAAGGGGGUUUUUUUGGCUUGAAUUUAGUGUAUUCUCUAUCUUUUGCAUGUAAUAUGUUCUAGUAUUAAAGUAAAGAACAGAGAUAUGAAGAUUGUAGGAUCAGGACCCAAAAGUUACAGCUGCUGUAUAUAGUCCCACUUCUAUAUAUACCAUGAUUACACAGAACUUUGUGUAUACUAAACUACCAAUAGUAGAUGAGGAGUCCACUGGCUCCACUGAUGUCAUUUGGGAUUUUGCCACCAAUACCAGUAAAGCCCAGAGUUAAUUCAGUGUCCAACUGUGCACCUGCUGAAGGCAGUGGGAGAACUCUGACUGGGAGCAGACUGGGAACCAAGGAAUUAAAAAAUGUGUAGUUUUCAGAAUUCUGCACUGUGCAUAUGAAAUGCGUAUUUCUGUUGUGGAUCAUGCUUUUAGUAUCUUUAACAUGCCAUGCAUUUUGCUUUUCCUUUAAGUUCCAGCUUUAAGUUUUUACUUCAAGUAAAGUAGGGAAGGGUGUGCAAAUAAAAACUGUAUAUUAGUAUCCAGGGGUGUACUUGGUAGCUGUGUUGGUCUGAGACAAAAAGACAUCCAUCAAAGAGCUACUCAACACAGCCCACAAAGACACUUUCAUGGGGACAGACUUCCAUCUUCAGCUCCCUCUGUGCAAAAAUGAAUUUAUUUCCUACCUAUGGGGACUUUUUACCAUCUUGGACCAUCUACACUUUUCCCAGAGCCUGACGAAGGGACCUUGAUCCUGAAAGCUUGCAGAAAAGGACAAUUUUCUUGCCAUUUUCCAGUUGGUCUAAUAAAAGGUAUCAUUUUGGAACCAAGAGUUCUAGUUUUUUGUAUGUUUAUUAGUAUCCUGCAUUUCUUAAACAGUAUGAUUAACAAGUAAAGUGCAAACAAGUGUUUUAACACUGACUCAACUGGAGUACUCUUACAGUUCUAUGUAUAGGACAGUGUUUGUUGGGGGAACUAUGAUAUAACUCUGAAGACACUGGCCGUGUCUACAUGAGAUGCUGACUUCUCAGUAGCUUGUGACUAUUGUGCAGUAGUGUCGCGUGGGACGAAGCAUGAUGCGAUGCUGCUGCACAGUAGUCAUGAGUUACUGUGAAGUCAGUGUCACAAAAAAGCUGUUCCUCAGUGCAACUGUUCAGUAACUCCAGUUACCACACAGUCAUUUAGUACUUGCUUAUACAAGUACUAAAUAACUGUUCAGUAAUGACUGCACAGUCAGUGUUUUGUGUAGACACUGCCACUGAGAACCUAAGGCCUUACUCCUCUUUGUCAUGCUGCUGUUCUGAUCUGGUGGAGUCUUGUACUCACUCAACACAAAUGGAAAUAACCAGAUAGGCAGUGAAAAGUCAGCCCUUGAGACUUUUCAGACCUUCUAGGAGUAAAUAUUUUUUCUUCCCAGAAGGGAGGAUGGAAUAGUUUAAGACAGAGAUGUUCCUGCAUCAAGCAGGUGGUUAAACUAGAUGACCCCCUGAAAACCCAGCUCUAUUUUCUAUGAUUCUAUAACAGGAAAACUGGUGUGAUUCUAUCACUUGGAGCAUUGAAGUCUGUGCAAAUGACGUGUGUUCUCUGUGGUGCUUGGAGUACAUCUUACCAACCAUGUAGGGCAGAUGCUUUCUACUCAGUGGGCACGUCUUCAUGUGCCUUUGUUACUGCACCAUCAUUUAGGACUUGCUUUUGGCCUUUUGGAAGUCCUAUAUGAUGGUGCAGUAACAGCCUGUUUGCUCUGUGAUGAUGAUGCACAUUUUUUUCCAUCGCUACAUCACCAUAGCAACACGCUUAUACUGAGGGAGCUUGCUGCUACAGUGACGUAGCUGUGGCAUCAUGGUUUGUGACCACUGAUGCUAUGUUGCUGUAGCACAUUACUAUGGCAAUGUAAUGUCUUGUGUAGACAUGCCCAAUCUCUAAUAUACAUCACUUACUCAGCCUACACUUUGUAUUUUUUGCUGAUUUCAGUGCCUGACUGUACAGAUAUUAAUCUUCUUACAUUAAAAAUGUGGUAAAUCAGG